AGUCUCUCCAUUUUUUUUUCUCAAGGGCUGCAGUCCCUCCCAAGGAGGGGACUGGCCAGCAGAUCUUCCAAGCAAACAGUUCUGUCAGGUCCCUCUGAGUGUGCAUAAGCUCAGUCAGAGAGGAGAGAGGGAGAGGGGGAGAGGGGAUCUGUUGCAGGCAGGGGAAGGCGUGACCUGAAUGGAGAAUGCCAGCCAAUUCCAGAGACACACAGGGACCUCAGAACAAAGAUAAGACAUCGCUGACACCACACCGGGGACGGGGACCAGCUCACAGACAAGUCCGCAGACGGGACCAAGGCCAGGAGCACACCAGGGAGGAAAAUGAGGUUGCUCCUUCUCUGCCAUGCUCUGUGCCUAGCCCUUCUGGAGGCCAACGCCCAUACUGUGGAGCUAAAUGAAAUGUUUGGCCAGAUCCAGUCCCCUGGCUAUCCAGAUUCCUAUCCAAGUGACUCCGAGGUGACUUGGAAUAUUACUGUCCCUGAGGGGUUUCGGAUCAAGCUUUACUUCAUGCAUUUCAACUUGGAAUCCUCCUAUCUUUGUGAAUAUGACUACGUGAAGGUAGAAACAGAAGAUCAGGUGCUGGCAACCUUCUGUGGCAGGGAGACCACUGACACAGAGCAGACCCCAGGCCAGGAAGUGGUUCUUUCCCCUGGCUCCUUCAUGUCCGUCACUUUCCGGUCAGAUUUCUCCAAUGAGGAACGAUUCACGGGCUUUGAUGCCCACUACAUGGCUGUAGAUGUGGAUGAAUGCAAGGAGAGAGAAGAUGAAGAGCUUUCCUGUGACCACUACUGCCACAACUAUAUCGGCGGCUUCUACUGCUCCUGCCGCUUCGGCUACAUCCUCCACACAGACAACAGGACCUGCCGAGUGGAAUGCAGUGGCAAUCUCUUUACCCAGAGGACAGGCACCAUCACGAGCCCUGACUACCCCAACCCUUACCCCAAGAGCUCCGAAUGUUCCUAUACCAUCGACUUGGAGGAUGGCUUCAUGGUCAGCCUGCAGUUUGAGGACAUUUUUGACAUUGAGGACCAUCCUGAGGUGCCCUGUCCAUAUGACUACAUUAAGAUUAAAGCUGGUUCACGAGUCUGGGGGCCCUUCUGUGGAGAGACAUCCCCAGAGCCAAUCAGUACCGAGAGUCACAUUGUCCAGAUCCUCUUCCGCAGUGACAACUCUGGAGAGAACAGAGGCUGGAGACUCUCCUACAGGGCAGCAGGAAAUGAGUGCCCAAAGCUCCAGCCUCCCACGUUUGGGAAAAUCGAGCCCUUGCAAACUGUGUAUUCCUUCAAAGACCAAGUCCUCAUCAGCUGCGACACUGGCUACAAAGUGCUGAAGGAUAAUGAGAUGAUGGACACGUUCCAGAUUGAAUGUCUGAAGGAUGGCACAUGGAGUAACAAGAUUCCCACCUGUAAAAUUGUAGACUGCGGAGUCCCAGCGGGGUUGAAGCAUGGACGGGUGACCUUCUCCACAAGAAACAACCUCACGACAUACAAAUCCGAGAUCAGAUACUCCUGCCAGCAGCCCUAUUACAAGAUGCUUCACAACAUCACAGGUGUAUAUACGUGUUCUGCGCACGGGGCCUGGACGAAUGAAGUGCUCAAGAGAAGCCUGCCCACCUGCCUUCCAGUGUGUGGUCUCCCCCAGUUCUCCCGGAAGCAGAUCUCCAGGAUCUUCAAUGGACGCCCAGCCCAGAAGGGGACCACUCCGUGGAUCGCCAUGCUGUCACACCUGAAUGGGCAGCCCUUCUGUGGGGGUAGCCUUUUAGGCUCCAGCUGGGUUCUGACAGCCGCUCACUGCCUCCACCAUCCACUUGAUCCAGAAGAUCCAGCCCUACACAGCUCAGACUUGCUCAGCCCUUCUGACUUCAAAAUUAUCAUGGGAAAGCACUGGAGGCGCCAGUCAGACGAAGACGAGCAGCAUCUGAGUGUGAAGCGCAUCACCCUGCACCCGCUGUACAACCCCAGCACGUUUGAGAACGACCUGGGUCUGGUGGAGCUCUCAGAGAACCCGAGGCUGACCGACUUUGUGAUGCCUGUCUGUCUGCCCGAGCAUCCCUCCAGGGAAGGAACCAUGGUCAUUGUCAGCGGCUGGGGAAAGCAAUUCUUACAGAGGUUUCCAGAGAACCUGAUGGAGAUUGAAAUCCCAAUUGUAAACUCGGACACCUGCCAGGAAGCCUAUGCCCCUUUAAAGAAGAAAGUGACAGAGGACAUGAUCUGUGCUGGAGAAAAGGAAGGCGGGAAAGACGCCUGUGCUGGCGACUCUGGAGGCCCCAUGGUGACCAAAGAUGAAGAGGCAGACCAAUGGUACCUGGUGGGCGUGGUGUCCUGGGGCGAGGAUUGCGGGAAGAAAGAUCGCUAUGGAGUAUAUUCUUACAUCUAUCCCAACAAGGAUUGGAUCCAGAGGGUCACUGGGGUGAGGAACUGAGUUUGGCUCCCCAGCCCAGCACCCGCUGUGCGGUCAGUCGCCAGCAGAAGAUGAUCAGUGCGAGUCACAUUUCCUCCCCUGGCCCUCAAUCUUCACGGCCCAUGCCUGGGUAAUAACGGGAUUCCUUCAGCCUCUUCUUCCUGCUCUUCAUAGAGGCCAAGUAGCAGAAUGGUCAGGGCAAAAGGCUGGAUCUGGGAUUCAUCACUUAGGAUCUUUGUAACGAUGGACAGCUGACCACCUCCUUAAGCCUGUUUUUUCACCCAUGGGAUGCAAUGUGGCCAUACCUUAUCUACCUCACAAGAGUAGGAUGAGGAGAAAGUUCAUAUAUAUGCAAAAGACUUAGCCCCGUGUGUAAACUAAAUGAUGUGUUCCAUACUUGUGACUUAGCGAAAGGCAUCUGUGCCCACCAGGCAGGUGGAGUUCUCUUAUAAACUCCUGCUUGGGUCUCAAGGGUGAUUAGCGGCACACCCCACCUCCCACCCACUGCCAUUUUCUUAGUCUGCCCCCUAAAGCUUCUUCACCAAAUGCAGUCCCCCAAUCUCCCAUAAAAAGGUAAAAAAGA